GAGCCAAAAGGAUACAACCAAUAAAGCAUACAGGAGAGAAAGAAAGGGAAAGCUUAUGCUCAGUUGAUGGUAGGAUAAAAAGGGGCCGAGCCUCAUCAUCUCAUCCGUCAUCACCAUUUCGGAUUCAUUCUAUCCCCCACAAAGGUUGUGGCAGAAAGAUUAGAAACCUACCAAAGUUUUAAAGAUCCGUUUGGAAGAGAAAGACUUUUCAAUCACAAAUCAACAGCCAAACCAAGGUCUGUUCUGGUCUGUCUGUCUUUCUUUUCUCUCCUCUCUCUCUUUUUUUUUUUUCAUCCUUUCUUCUUCCUUAACAUCCCUUUUAAUCCCUUUUGCACCCCCAGAGGAAAUAGAAUCCAAGUUCCUUCUCCGUCCUUUUCUUUAGUAUUCCUCCUUUUCAUCUUUAUGUGAAGAAAGCAUGGAUGGUAGCUAGUGGAAUAAUCCAAAAGUCAUCCAAUGCGAUGCUUGUUUUGUAGACUUGGAUAAAUAUAUACUUUCAUAAAGUGUGUGCAGAGAGAAGAGAAGAACAUAUUCACAUCCUACCUAUAUAUGCUAGUGGUUUAUACUAGGAAUCUCUAGUUUUAGUAUUACUGUCUAUUAUGUGCGACAACAACAUUGAAGAUCAACAAACUGAUCAUUCUUCUCCUCAAACCAUAACAAAUAGUGCUAUUCAGGGCUUCCAAGAAAAGUUACAUCUUCAACCAAGCGGGCUAGAGAUGCAGCAACACAACAGUACUGAUGCAUACUUGGCAGCUGCUGGUGGAGGAAGGUCAUCAGGAGGAGGAGGACUGAUGUUCCCAGAAGUAUCACCAAUCUUGCCAUGGACAAUCCCUCAAGUUCACAGCUUCAAUCCAGUUCAUCAGUUUCGCGAUCACGACCCUUUUCUUCUCCCUCCACCACCAUCACCCUACGGGGGUUUAUUCAAUAGGAGACCUCCUCCUCCUGGUCUGCAGUUUGCGUAUGAGGGUUCAUCAUCAGACCAUCUCAGGCUUAUUUCUGACACCUGUUUAGGUCAAGUGGUUCAAGCUAGUUCAGCAGCUCCUUUUGGGCUUCAAGCUGAGUUGCAAAAAAUGACUGCUCAAGAGAUCAUGGAUGCUAAAGCUCUAGCUGCUUCCAAAAGUCAUAGUGAAGCUGAGAGGAGACGAAGGGAAAGAAUCAAUAAUCAUCUUGCUAAGCUUCGCAGCUUGCUCCCUAAUACCACCAAAACGGAUAAGGCAUCAUUGCUGGCUGAAGUAAUACAACAUGUGAAGGAGCUAAAGAGGCAGACUUCUUUGAUAGCUGAAUCAACACCAGUUCCAACUGAGAUUGAUGAGUUAACAGUUGAUAAUGCGUCUGAUGAGGACGGUAAGUUGGUGAUAAGAGCUUCAUUGUGCUGCGAAGACAGGUCUGAUCUCUUGCCUGAUCUCAUUAAGACAUUAAAGAGUCUGAGGUUGAGAACACUGAAGGCUGAAAUAACAACUCUUGGUGGUAGAGUUAAGAAUGUUUUGUUCAUCACUGGGGAGGAUGAUACAGACAGUGAUGACCAGCAGCAGCAGCAGCAACAGUACUCUAUCAGCUCAAUACAGGAAGCCCUUAAAGCAGUUAUGGAGAAAACCAACGGUGAUGAGUCCGGUUCAGGGAAUGUUAAGAGACAAAGAACCAACAUAAAUAUCCUUGAACAUAGGUCCCUUUAACUAUAUUAACAUUAUAAUCAGUUUCUUCAUCUUCCUUGUGUGUUAUUCUGUGUGCUUUUUGGUGUGUUUUUGUGGGGUUUUUAUUUUUCAACAAUAAUUAGUUUGUGCUGGUGUCCAACUAUUAGCCAUUCAGUAUCAUCAAUACGUAGUAUUACAACUUUACAAGGGGGUUUCUUCCCUAGUAUUAUUGUCGAUCAAAAUACACACAACUCUGAUGGGGUUGAGUUUAGCACUACUACUGAUAUGAUCGCACCCGAUAUGGAGUACACAUUUCCACUGAGGAAUAUAUAUGAACGCCUGAAAGUCUGAAACAGACAACGUGGGACUGUGGUUGGUGGGAGUUCCAAGUUUGUUGUGACUCGGAUUGCUUGUGCUACUAGACAAUGCCACAGAGAGAAAGAAAGAUGGAGAGUGGGAUAAGAAGGGAAGAAACAGCGAAGGAUCUUUUUCGUGAGGAGAGAAACCUGAUAUAAAAACCUAAGAAAGAAAUGUGGAUUUUGAUAGCUUUCUUUAUCUCAUUUGGGGG